GUGAAAUGAAUCAGUAGUUGGGAGGCGGAUAUGACGUCUGAAGACGAAUUCAAACAUGGCGGAAUACUUGGCUUCCAUUUUUGGAACAGAAAAAGACAAAGUAAAUUGUUCGUUUUACUUCAAAAUUGGAGCCUGUCGACAUGGAGACCGAUGCUCCAGACUUCACAACAAACCCACCUUCAGCCAGACCCUUGCCCUCUUGAACAUUUACCGAAACCCUCAAAACUCUGCUCAGUCAGCAGAUGGCGUGUGCAGUGCCGUCAGCGAUGUGGAGAUGCAGGAGCACUAUGAUGACUUCUUUGAGGAAGUGUUCUCGGAGAUGGAGGAGAAGUAUGGCGAGGUGGAGGAGAUGAACGUGUGUGACAAUCUUGGUGAUCACCUGGUGGGGAACGUCUAUGUAAAGUUUCGUCGUGAAGAGGACGCAGAGAAAGCUGUCAUUGACCUGAAUAACCGCUGGUUUAACGGUCAAGCCAUACACGCCGAAUUAUCCCCAGUCACAGACUUCAGGGAGGCUUGCUGUCGGCAGUAUGAGAUGGGGGAGUGCACUCGAGGCGGCUUCUGCAACUUCAUGCACCUGAAGCCCAUCUCCCGGGAACUUAGACGAGAGCUGUACGGACGCCGCAAGAAGAGGCCCCGCUCACGGUCUCGAUCAAGAGAACGUCGCUCUCGUUCCAGAGAUCGCGGCAGAGGAGGUGGAGAUGGAGGACGAGGAGGACGAGAUGGAGGAGGACGAGAGGGGGGUAGAGACCGGGAGAGGAGGAGGUCACGUGAUCGGGAGCGUUCUGGAAGAUUCUAAAAGUUCAAAAACAACUCCCCCUUUUCCACUAUUGGGUAGCAGUCUCGUCCUCCUGACCAAAAAUGUGAUGUAACUGUUUUGAUUUGUAUCUUUUAUUGGGCCUUUUUUUCUUGUUUCUUUUUUCUUUUUUUCUAGGAAAGACUUCUCAAUAAAAUAAGCAUAUUUUGCUGAA